GAGGCGACAAAAUAAUAUCACGUGAUCCAAAAUGGGCAGUCCUCUGACGGUGCUGAAAAAAGCCAUUUUCUGGCGCUGCUGCAAAUUCUGCCCAAGUCCAAAUAAUUUACCUGGAUCCUGGCUGGGAGGAGAGGCUAACUUUGAUGUGUGAUCAGAUCUGUCCAGAUGGAUAAAAUGCAGCCCAACCGGAUUAAAAUCACAGAUCUGAACUCACACCUCACAUGCCCACUGUGUGCUGGCUACUUAAUUGAUGCCACAACCAUCGUAGAGUGCCUGCACUCCUUUUGUAAAACUUGCAUCGUUGCCUUCCUGGAGACAAAUAAGUUCUGCCCUCGAUGUGACGUUCAGGUCCACAAGACAUGUCCUCAGCUCAGCAUCCGAGCUGACAAAACUCUACAAGAUAUUGUUUAUAAGCUUGUUCCGGGAUUAUUCAAAGAUGAGAUGAAACGGAGGCGGGACUUCUACGCAGAGAACCGUGUGCUGGAACCAGGGGAAGUGGUGGAGACGUUUAACAUAGCAGAGGAUGAAAUCAUCAGUCUGUCCAUACAGUUCUACGAGAGGAACAAAAAUAAUGAGAGGCAGCAUUCAGAGCUGGAAGGUGAUAAGGCCAACGGUAAACGCUUCCUGCAGUGCCCAGCAGCCAUGUCCGUCAUGCACUUAGCAAAGUUCCUCCGAAGCAAGAUGGAUAUCCCUAACAACUACCGGGUGGAGGUGUUGUAUGGAGACGAGCCCCUGAAGGAUUACUACACACUAAUGGACAUCGCCUACUUCUACGAGUGGAGACGAACUGGCCCCAUCCCCCUGCAGUAUCUGGUGAAGCCCACCAGGAAGCGCAGGAGGGCGUCCCAGGCGGCGCAGGGCCACUCUGACGGGGUCAACACCAGCCCCACGUCAGAGAGCGACUCCCACAGCGACAAGGUGCACAGCCCUCCCGCCGCGGCCCAGCCCCCCCGAGCAUCCUCCCAGUCCAGCCCUGCGUCCCACAACCUGCCCCCCGCCCUCCAGAGCUCCAACGGGACCACCGUGCCCAACAACACUCAGCGACACAGCCACGCCUCCAAACAGGGCGCCAACGCUCGGAAGGUGACUGUCAACGGCACGGGCUCCGGGGCCAAAGAGGAGGCGAGGGGGGGGGACAAAAGCGGUUUGCCUCCGACGACCUAACGAGUUUACAGACCCCCGGGAGGACAGUGUUGGAAUUGCUCCCGUCUUUCUUUCUACAGAGCGAACAGACACGCCUUCUGGAGAAACAGAAGGUCAAUGCUUCAGCAGGAGGGACUGAAAAGUGCAGCCAAAUAGACACUUGUAUGUAUGUAUGUUUGUAUGUAUGUAUGUUCGUGUGUGUGUAUGUGUGUGUGUGUGCGUGUGUGUGUGUCUUUAUGUGUUUUAGACUAGAACGGUGCACACAUACAAACUGUACAGUAUGUAUCAAACGUGAGCAUGUGUGCAUACAUAUGUAUAAACUUAUCUUUUAUACAAGAUAUUGUAAUCGUUUUGUAUUGUAUAUGCAGUGGGUCUGUUUCAUUUUCAUACUGUAGUUCCAUCGCUGAUUGACUCUGUGAAACGCUGAGUCACUACAGACGUGUGAUGUAAAGAAGUAAAAAAAAAAAGAAGCUAAUCCUCUCCUUUUUGAACAGUCGUGUUAAUAACUGCUGUAUAACGUGUCCACAGUAAGCAGCUGCUCAUCAGGUAACACAGGUACAUUACAUUAAAACUGCCCAUGCACUUUGUUAACGUCACAUCACAAAACCUGAAGUAUUUUCCAGCAGGAGAAGCUUUUCUUUUAAGUCCAAGCACUACCAGGCUCCAGGCAGGCGUCUGUCACAGCCCAAGUUCUCAUGGCAGUCGAACAACUCAAAAGGGAUUUGAAUAUUUGGCCAUGUAUGUUGUAGUUCCAUUAAUUUCAACAUUCCUUUUGUUUCUUUUCAACAAACGAUGAUUUUUUUAUCAGCCAUAUGUGCAUGUUUUAGGUCAAUAAAAUGUUUACUUACUAGGUG